CAGCUAUUUACUCAGUACGUAAAUGAAGUACCGACAGUGGGAGAUGAAAUAUAAAAUGACGUACCUCGGUGAGAGGACUUGCAGUGCCGAACGGUAGUUCGUCGAACCAAGAAUAAUGUCCAGCGGAAAUUUCGUUGAGAUCCAGUGCGGGGAACCCUUUCUGAGGCCGAGUUUGGCCGAAGCAUGUGGAGCCUCACAAUUUCUGGCAUUCAUGACCAUCGUGGAUACGUUCAUACGAGCCAAACAAGACAUCUCGGGGCUCUGCGAACGCGUCCAUAACGUAAAUCCACCUGCUAGCGAAUACGACUUCAUCGUCGUCGGUGGCGGUUCAGCGGGCGCUGUAGUAGCGUCUAGACUGAGCGAAGUCCCAGAAUGGAAUGUUUUACUCCUGGAGGCUGGUCCGGAUGAACCACCAGGCGCCGAAGUCCCCAGCAUGGUGGCUUCGUUCCUAGGAUCUAAAAUCGAUUGGAAUCAUACCACCACGGGGGAGAAAAAUGCCUGUUUGUCGAAUAAUGGUUCCUGCAGGUGGCCACGUGGUAAGAAUCUGGGCGGCUGUAGCGUCCAUCACGGUAUGAUGUACUCGCGUGGAAACCCCAAGGAUUACGACGGCUGGGCGGCACUAGGGAACGAGGGCUGGAGCUGGGAUGAGGUACUUCCGUUCUUCCUUAAAUCCGAGAACAACAGUGAGAUUUCGCGAGUCGGAAGCAAAUAUCACGGCUCUAGUGGACUCUUCCCUGUCGAGAGGUUCCCCCAUCAGCCGCAAAUGGCCUGGGAGAUCCUGAAGGCGGGAGCCGAGAAAGGAUAUCCGAUCUCCGAAGACCUCAAUGGCGAGCAGCGCGCUGGGUUCAGCGUCGCGCAGACGAAUUCGAAGAAUGGAGUCAGAGUUAGCAGCGCUGCCGCUUUCCUGAGACCAUUCAGAAAUCGUAAGAAUCUUCACAUCGCACUCAACGCCACUGUUACCAAGAUCCUGAUCAAGGAUAAAACGGCCGUCGGAGUGAAGUUCAUCCAGGAUGGCCAACAACACACGGUUAAAGCUUCGAAGGAGGUGGUGGUUUCCGGCGGCGCCGUGAACUCCCCGCAGCUUCUUCUUCUCUCUGGAAUUGGACCAAAGAAAGAUCUCCAGGCCGUCAAUGUCCCCCACGUCGUCAAGGAUCUACCCGGGGUUGGCCAGAAUCUUCAAAAUCAUGUCUCCUACACCGUAUCCUGGUCCACGAACCAGCCUAACGUCAACGACCUGGACUGGCCUGCUCUCGUAACGUAUUUAGGCUUCCAGCAGGGCCCCAUGUCCUCCACGGGACUCUCGCAGGUCACUGCGCUCCUUCCAUCUUCAUUAACCACAAAGGAUGAUCCGGAUAUUCAAAUGUUCUUCGGUGGCUAUACGGCAGGAUGCUCGGCGACUGGUGAUAUUGGUGCAGUUAAGGGCAGUGGGUUCCGCAGAGUCAGUGCCUCGCCUACCAACAUCAAACCACUCAGCAGAGGUACUCUCAAACUCGCCAGCAACAACCCCUUGGACAAGCCGGUGAUCUGGGGUAACUACCUGAGCAACGCCCGCGACUCUGCCAUCUUGGUCGAAGGUAUUCAGAUCGCAUUGUCCCUGGCCAAUACCAGCGCACUUGCCAAGUACAACCUCACGCUGUUGAACCAGCCGCUGCCCGCUUGUUCCGAGCACGCUUUUCUAACUGACGCCUACUGGACAUGCGCCAUACGUCAGAACACCGAUCCUGAAAAUCAUCAAGCCGGAUCCUGCAAAAUGGGCCCAAGGUCCGAUCCCCUGGCUGUCGUCAAUAAUCGCUUGCAGGUCCAUGGAAUAAAAAAUCUUCGCGUUGCCGAUACCUCGAUCAUGCCUAAGGUCAUAUCGGGCAACACUGCAGCACCGGCCACGAUGAUCGCCGAAAGAGCUGCUGACUUCAUAAAGGAAGACUGGGACGCAGCGGAAACUCAACGCUUCCCCUGCGAACCGUAUUGCCUGCUUGAUGAGAUAUUCCGCAAACUACGACGAUUUGUACUGAGGUUAGGAUCCUGGCUAUUUUGAUCCUGAUAGCCACAUGGAUCAGCCACCCUCAAACUGACACUGGAAUUUGAUCUACGUCCUGACUGAGAUGCGGAUGGCGUAUACUGCAGGAACUUCCGGUUGAACGUAACCAGAUCGCAGGUUUUUCUGAAUUCUUGUGCCAAUUAUGAAAAGAGGUAUCGUCGUAAUUGUAAAUUUUAUCUUUGCGAUUCCUCUGGCACCACUCUUGAUACCUUAGAGCAUGUUCAAGUAACUAACCCUUACUCCACUUAGACUCCCAAGAGCCUUUUUUCCCAAAAUUUUUUACAGAAAAUUUAACCUAUGCCGUUACCCAAAAAAAAAUGUCACGCUACUAUUUGCAAGUUAAGAGUCAUGCGAUGAAAAAGCGGCGACGCAGAGAUGCCAAAAAAUAUUAUAUUUUACGUUAACACGUACUUCCGGUGCGUAAUGAUAAUCAAAAGUAAAUGAAAAUAACUUGCCGCUUGCACUUCGUGUGUGGCUUCUAUUAAAAAUAAAGUCUAGUUGAAAACUGGAA